AUGUCGAUGCGGCUGCUCGAGGAGGCCGAGCAGGUGUGCACCGAGGGGCUGCAGCUGGCGGGCCUGGAGCACCACACGACGGGCGACGACGAGGAGGCGCCGAAGAUCGACGUCGAGCGCUGCGUCCUGCUGGAGAAGCAGUGCUACGACGCGACGAAGCUCAUCUUCCGCCGCUGCCGCAUCAGGGAGAAGCUCGGGCGCACGGCCCAGGCGCUAGAAGAUGCUGCGGCGUGUGCUGCUAUCAAUCCGGCCUCGGCCACUUUUCGCUUAUGCCUGGAGGACCUGAAGGGCCCGUACACGCGGUCGGCCACGUCCUGCCAUGGAGGGAGCAGCCGGGAGGUUUCGGCCGCGGGGUCCGUUUCCGCGGACUCGCUCCGCACCGUGGGUGACGACAGCGGUGCCGAGGGGACGCUGCGGAAGCUCCUGACGCGCAAGUGA